GUACUAGACACAAUGGAUGCUGACUCUUUUAUAAUGGCACUGCGCCGCUUCAUCUCCCUCCGCGGUCACCCUAAAGUGAUAUUCAGCGAUAAUGGCACAAACAUCGUCGCGGGAGAAAAGGAGCUGCGAGAAGGAAUCAACAACCUAAACUCUGUUCGGGUUACAACUGAGAUGAUUGACCGAGGGAUCGAUUGGCGGUUUUCGCCACCGUCAGCACCAUCGUUUGGUGGCAUUUGGGAGAGACUCAUUAGUUCAAGCAAGAAGGCCAUGAAGGCCAUUCUGGAAAAUCGAUCCGUCACCGACGAAGUCCUGCGGACAUUUUUCGCAGAAGUCACGUCCUUGUUGAACUACCGCCCUCUAACGAACGUCCUGACCGACCCGGCAGAACCAGAGCCUCUCACUCCCUUUCACUUUAUCUUGGGCUGUGCAAACCCACACCAGGCCCCUGACUCUGAAAGUGCCUUUAACGGACUCUCAAGAAGAAAAUGGAAGCAGGCGCAAUUCAUUACCGACCAGUUUUGGAGACGCUGGAUGCGUGAGUACCUGCCCAGCUUGAUUGAAAGGAAGAAGUGGGACAAAUCGGUCCGACCGCUCCGUGUCGGCGACAACGUCUUGAUAAUGGACGAAAACACUCGAAGAGGAGAGUGGCUUACUGGACAGAUAACAAAAGUCUUUCCUAGUAGCGAUAACGUUAUAAGGAAGGCUGCCGUCAAGACCGCUCGAUCCGUACUAAUCCGCCCCGUUCUUAAAUUAUGCUACAUUUCAGGUCCUCGCCCGCAGGAUUGAUUCCGCCGGCCGGCUGGACUGUGGCGCACCAGUGCCAAAGGAAAAGAGAAACGGCACCAUGGCAGCGAAGCAGACGAAAAAAAGGCACUUGCCGGCGACAUUCUUAAAAGUGUAGUCCUGUCUUUUUCGCUGAGCAACAAAAAAAUAGAAACUCUUUUUCCGUAUUCAAUCCAAAGUCGUCCUGUG